AUCGUGGCCUCGGCGCUGUGAGAGGUUGCCGGGAUGGACGAGGACGGGUUGCCUCUCGUGGGUUCGGGCAUCGACCUGACCAAGGUUCCAGCUAUCCAACAAAAGAGGACAGUGGCAUUUCUAAACCAGUUUGUGGUUCACACAGUUCAAUUCCUUAAUCGAUUUUCAACUGUUUGUGAAGAGAAAUUGUCAGCACUUUCUCUCCGUAUUCAGCAAAUUGAAACUAUGCUCAAUAUUCUGGAUGCAAAGUUAUCUUCUGUGCCUGGCCUAGAAGAUGAGAUCUCAAACACCAGUGUUAUGAAUGGCUCUGUCUCACAAACAUUGAUAGAUCCACAGACAACAAAUGUAUCACCUAACCUUGAGACCAGUGUACCUGAAUUGGGGCAACAGAGGACAGAUGGAACUGGUGAAAAUGUCACCACUGUAGCAAAGGAUCCACGCUAUGCUAGAUACCUCAAAAUGGUUCAAGUGGGUGUUCCUGUUAUGGCAAUAAGAAACAAAAUGAUUUCUGAAGGAUUAAACCCAGAUCUUCUUGAAACACCAGAUGCUUCAGUGCCUGCAUGGGGAGAUGAGACAAAUGCAGGAGAAAGUUCUGAUAGUGAAUCUUCAUUUAGUGACUGAUGGUGUUGGCCUUGCAGGAGAAUGUUUAACUUUUCCUUAAAAGCAUUGUCUAGUCUCUCUCUGUACAAAUUUUAUAUGAUUUCCUGAAUUUCUUGAGCCAUAUGAAGUAUUCUUUAAAAGCAGAAGCUUUGCACAUUAAUAUUUGCAUCAUCAUCUGCAGAAUUUAGAAUGAAAGCCUAGUUAAGUGACACUAUCACAGUGUGCUCUUAUGUAAGAUGUGGGGUAAGUGUUGCUCUAAGGAUAUUCAGGGUGAAGCUGAAGAUGAGAAUAGACUCAUACCCUUUUUCCAAAUGAAUUCUGCCACCCUGCUCAUUCUUUUGGUAAUACAUAAUCUUGUAAAUUUCAAGGAUUAUUUCCAUGUCUCUUCCUGGUAACUGUUCAGAAUUCAGUGAAUGCUGAUCUGUUGUUUCCAUGCUGCAGAAUUCAAAGCACCACAUUCUGGCAUUGGGAUAGAUGCACACAUUCUGUUUGUUCCGAAGGGUUGAGAAUGGGAACAAGGAGUAGUGACAAGGAAGAUUGAGGACAAAAAAGAAUGGUGUCUGUCUGAAAUGAAUGGGCAUUAUUUCAUUCAGGGCAAGCUACUAGAUAUUGUUAUAUGGCCCCUCUUGUUUUUUCUUAGAGAAUCCAGUUCCAGCCAUUUGCAAAUACAAAAUCUGGAUAAUAGCAGAAUUGUAUCUCUGUUACCCUGCUUGGCAAAACAUAUGUGGUCUUUCAUUGAUCUCUUGUUUAGAAUUUUCUUCCUGAGUAUUACAAUAAAUCCAAUACAUAAAAGAGCAGUUAUAAAA